CGUCGGAGCUCGGGAGCCUGGUUACUGUGUCUAUAGCCGCCACCAUGCCCGUCAAAGGAGGCACCAAGUGCAUCAAGUACCUUCUCUUCGGCUUCAACUUCAUCUUCUGGCUUGCAGGAACAGCAGUGCUUGCAAUUGGACUAUGGCUUCACUUUGAUUCACAGACCAAAAGCGUCUUUGAACUGGAAUCUGACACAAAGUUUUACACAGGUGUUUACAUCCUUAUUGGAGCUGGUGCCCUUAUGAUGCUGGUUGGUUUCUUGGGAUGCUGUGGUGCAUCACAGGAAUCUCAGUGUAUGCUUGGCCUGUUCUUCUUCUUCCUUUUUGUGAUUUUUGCCCUUGAAAUUGCUGCUGGGAUCUGGGGAUUUUCAAAUAAAGAAAAGAUUAUUGAUGAGUUAAAGGAGUUCUACAUGGACACCUACAGAAAGAGAACUCAGACAAGUGCCAGAGACACCCUGAAAGCAUUUCAGUUCACUCUAAACUGCUGUGGCCUUACUGGAGCUGUGGAGCAGCAGUACAUGGACACCUGUCCAGCAAAGACACUGUCUGAGUCAUUCUCUAUCAAGUCCUGCCCUGAUGCCAUUGAUGACGUCUUCAAAUCCAAAUUCAACGUCAUUGGAGCAGUUGGCCUUGGCAUUGCUGUAAUGAUGAUUGUUGGCAUGAUAUUCAGUAUGGUUCUGUGCUGUGCCAUCCGCAGGGAAAGAGAGAUGGUCUAAGAGCUGCAAACUCAAGAUUCCUGCACUAUACAAAUCCUCACCAUUAACUUCCAUGUUCUGAGAGCAUUUCUAAAAUGUUACAUAUUUGUUACCUCUUUAAUGCUUUAUUUGGUACUGAUGUAGGUUCGCUUUUUAUGUUACAGGUUAAAACGAUAAAGGUUUAUCUGACUCAAGACAAACAUUGUACAUAAAAUAUCUGACUUUCUUGAAACUUACAUAAUUUGGUUGUAAUUUAUGUGGAGACAAUUUGAUACUUAAUAAAGAGUAAGAUGUAUUGUC